UUCCUCCCUCAUCCUCCUCCCCUAAUUAACCCUCACCUCCUAUGCCGUUCCUUCGCUUUCAUAAAUCAGACCUCUCCUCUCGAUAUUUGCAUAUCUUCCACCAUCGACUUCCUCCUAAUCUCCUUGAUCGUCCUCAUUUCCUGCUUUUUUUCCGAUUUUAGGGUAAGGGUUUUCUCUCUCUGUUAAAUUCGUGCAUAUUUUAAGAGCAAUUCCGCAUGGUAUGGUGAUUCACUCGUUUUGUAUCAGAAUAAUUUUUUAGAUUUUCUUAAUUUAGGAUUACAAUUUGGAAUUUGGGGUUGAUUUAUUUUUGGUUAAUAAUGGAGCAAGAAUCUCAAAAGAGAAAGCUUGAAGAGAAUACCCACUCUGAGCCCCAGAAUGCUCCAGUUCUUUGUGCGAAUAAUUGUGGGUUUUUCGGUAGCGCUAGCACUAACAAUCUGUGCUCAAAGUGCUACAAAGACUAUCUCUUGAAGCAAUCCAACAGCAAAACCCCAAUAGAUGAUGCUAGUAGAAUCACAGAAAAAAACAAAAAUAAAGGGUGUAUUGAUCAGAGCUUAGAGAACUCACUUCUGGGUAGUGAUGAUAAAGAGGGAGGCAAGGAUAAGCAAACUGAAAGUGCUACUCAGGGAGCUGUUCUGGGGGCACCUGCCAACAAGUGUAGCUUCUGCCGGAAGAGGGUGGGACUGACUGGGUUCAAGUGUCGAUGUGGGCAGACAUUUUGCUCGCAGCAUCGGUACUCAGAGAAGCAUGAGUGCACGUUCGAUUACAAGAGUGCAGGGCAGGAUGCUAUCGCGAAGGCAAAUCCCCUGGUGAAGGCAGAGAAGAUUGAAAAGAUUUGAGGAAUGCAGAAUUGGAUGGUUUGGUCUUUCAUGUCUUUCAUUAUGCUAAAUAAUUUGAUGAAGUUGGGGAGAAUAAACUAAAUUUCGUCAUCCUGGAUUUAUUUGCGUCUAUUGUACAGUUUGGUUGAUUGUGGUAUUGAAUUCUAGUCUUUGAUGUCAAACAUUUGGUUUGAUUGUAUGGAUUCCUGAUUAGUAUUGAAAGAUUGAAUCAGUUUGGAAGUUUAAUUUUUUGAGUUUCUCUCUUUGGCACGGUCAUUCUUUAGCAUUUGUCAUAGUUUAGUUUCAUUUGUUCUAGACAGGGUGUUGGGAUUUCUUCUGAGGAUGUAACUCUGCCUUGACAUGGCUACAUCGUUUCUAAUUUAUCUUGCACUUUGUCUAGUAUGCUUAUCAUUUGAUACAUGCAGAGAAGAACCUGCCAGCCUUCAAGUAGGACUGUAAGCAAACGGAUUUGCUCUCGAGCUAUGCAAUGCUCGGCUUAACUCAUGUGCCAACUUUAAUGAAGAAUUUUGAGUUUA